AUGGAGAAUAACGAGGAGGAUCAGCCUCCGGUGUCAUGUGAGUCAUCAGAAGUGACCUUGCUGGAAUUUGACACCAUUCCCGCAGAGGCAUCGAUAAGAGUAGAAGACAUGCGAACACGUAUCGCACAUCUUAUUGAGGGUAUGGAUAGGGAGAGUACACUCGAAACUGUUAUUAAUUUACUGGAAACAAAUCACCCACAAGGGGAACAGCGUAGAUCUGUGAUAAGCACUGGAGCUACUACUACUACUACUACUACUACUACUACUACUACUAAUACGACAACUAUUAAUCCUGGAGAUGAGAGUCAGCAGGAUGUGGAUAUUACGAUUUCUCCCAUGUCAUCUGCGAAUGUAGUUCUCUCAAUUAACGGUGGACCAAAUCCUCUUAUAAAUGAAAUUCCAUUCCGUUAUAAUGCUACUUCUUUUACAAAUACGAUGACAUCCAAUGACAAUACAUGUGAUGUGACUUGUUCUUUUUUUCCACCUGAAGAUAGAUAUGAAGUCCAUAGUUGUAGUAGAACGGAUAAUCCAUUAUCUCAUAUUGGAGAUGAUACAUUAUUAGGAGGAGAAGGAGAAGAAGGAGGAGAAGAGGGUAAAGUGGAAGAAAUACUUGGGUCCAGUAUUCCUGAAUUAAAUCCAACAGCCGUUUUACCAUUGUUAGCCCCCACACGAACACCAGAGACAAAUGAACUCGUCACCCCAUUAGCAACAUCUAUGGGAUGUGCUAGACAAAAUCCAACGCUUAUUUACAGAAGACGUGCCGCUAUUUCAGCAGAGUCUGUACCAAUUAAUGUUAUAGAAACAUAUACUCCACCUGUAGUAGAAAAAACGCCUGAAGAAGAACAAGUGGUUCGAGCAGGAGUUAUGGCUUGUCAUCUUUUCAGCAAUAUGGAAAGUAGAGAUAGGGCUAUUAUUGUUCGUGCCUUACAACGUGAAACUUAUGCUGCAGGAACAGAUAUUUUAAAACAAGGUUGUCCUUCACUAGAGAAAUUAUUUCUUAUUAGUCAAGGAACAUGUGAAGUCAUUAAAAAUGGUAGAGUUGUACAUACUUUACAUGUUGGAAGUACAUUUGGAGAAAUGGAAAUGAUAUAUCAUCAAAUUAUGUGUGCAGCGACUAUUAGAUGUGUAACAAACUGUAUUCUUUAUACAUUAGAUCAGCGUACAUAUCAACAUAUUGUUCUUGCCGUAUCUUUACAUAAACGAAAGAAAUAUGAAGAAUUAUUAGGUAAUGUUGGUUUUUUAAAAACGCUUUCCGAUUAUGAUCGUAUGUUAAUUGCGGAAGCCCUUGUAACCAAAACAUACCGUAAACAUGAUUAUAUUAUGCGAUAUGGUGAAAAUAGUAAAUUGUUGCAUAUUAUCGUGGAGGGUGAAGUAAAAGUUUUAGGUAGACGAAAUGGUAAAAAGUAUGAGAUUCUACGUCUUCGAGAAGGUAAUGUUGUAGGGGAAUUGGAAUUCCUCUUUAAUCAUCUCGCAGUAGCAGAUGUGAUCGCCGCCUCCAGACGAGUUACGAUUGCUCAAAUUCAACGUACACAUUUGGAGUUAAUUGUUGGAUCUAUUCAAGAUCAUUUAAAGGAGUAUGUGUUAAAUAGUGGUAUUCACUCCCAUUAUUUAGGUGAAGCUAAUGAUCGUAUUAGGACAGAGUUGGAUUUAUUAGGGAAACGUACCAAACGUAUGGCUACAAAAGCAGAACAAGAAAAUACAUUACUUGAUCAAGUUGAUGUUGUUGGGGAAAUUAUUCUUCCCGCUCCUAAAGAAAAAGUAAUGGUGAUGGAAAAAAAUGGAAAUGCGGCGGCUGAACCAAGUACAGCUGUCACUGUAAAGGAUAGUAAUUUAACUCCUAAUACACCUGGUAUUACCCCAACUUCCACGCAUGUACUCUUUCGUUUUCCAUUAGUCCCAUUACAUGCUAAUUUCUUAGCCAUGAUUGGAUUACGUGAGGAUGGAUCUAUCAUUGUAUGGAAUGAAAUGAUGGUACAACUAACAGGAUACACUAUGGAGGAAGCUGUUGGUCAACAUAUAUAUUCUUUUCUUUUAGAACCUAAAGAUCAAAAAGCUAUGCAUUCUGCUAUUUCAGAAGCUAGACGAUAUACAGGUGAUGUUGAAGCCUUUUUUGAAGAAAAAGGUACUGGAAGAAGUAUAAUUUAUACCUUUGCACGUAUUGAUGGUUUAACAAAGGUACAUCUUAAACUUUCUAUUCUACCUUCUAUUGUUUCUCAUGGUCAUGAUGCUGCUGAGAUUAUGUUAGCAGUUGGUGAAGAACAACGAAUUUUUCCACAAGAAGUAAUGGAUAAAUCUCAAUUUCUAGUCGAUCAAGUAAGUGGAAUCUUACGUGAUGGUGAUAGUACUUAUGAAGAUCGAUUACAUCGUAUUGCUUCUGUAUUAACAAGUUUUGAUUCUACCUGUCGAGCUAUUAAUGCCUCUACAGAAGAUGUACGUGUUGUUAAUAUUCGUCAAAUGAUUGGACAAGUUAUUAUGGAUUACGGAGCUCAAUGUGUAGCGAAUGGGAUAUCGGUUUGUCAACGGUUUGAUGGACUUUAUGCAGAGAAUGCGUAUGUAAAUGCGAAAUCACUUCCAGAUUGUUUACGAUAUGCAAUGAGUAAUUGUACACUUUACCUUAGUGAUACUCAAGUAACAAUUACUGUAACGAUUACAGAUUCGAAUGGAUUAGAAUUUCUUGUGAUUGUAUUUCAUGAUAAUGGACCUGGAUUUCCACCAGAUCUUUUAAAUGACUUUAAUCAAAGAUGUCAUUCAGAGAAAUAUCCACAUCUUCAUCGAGUACGUGGAGCUAUGGAAAAACAAGGUGGUGGUUUAUCUAUAGAAUCUAUUCCAGGUGAUACCAAUGUAACCUUUACCGUCCCAUUUGUUCCCGCACGUGAGGAACCAGAGAAUUGUAUGGAUUCUCGCUUUGAUCCCUUUGAUAUAUCGAGAAGUUUUAGUGGAAUGACAAGUCCUGUAACUGGUAGUAAUAGUAAUAUUAGUAUUACAAUGACUCAGGGUAAUAUUAAUAAUACUAAUAAUAAUAACAGUAGUAGUGAUGUGCGGGCACCAUUAGGGAAACAAACCUUUACAACUUUAGUUGUGGAAGAUACUGCGGCGCAUAGAAAUAUGCUUUGUAGUUUUUUGUGGGAUCGUAAACAUGCCGUAUUACCCGCAUAUAAUAUUGAAGAUAUUGAACAAUUGAUUGAUGUAGCAGAUAUUCUCUUUAUCGAUCCACAUCAAUCCAUUUUUGAGAAUAGCAAAAUAAAUACUACUACUACUACUACUAUAGAUUAUGUAAAUAAUUCGAAUAAUAAGAAAAAGAAUCAUAAAGGAACUCCUCUUGAUCCUAUUGCGUUAUUACGUGAAAAGGCACGACGAAUGGCGGUAGUGAUAACAGGUUCUGAAAUGGAUGAAGAUACAUGUAAAGCCUAUCACACCGCUGGUUUUCUCACACUUAAAAAACCUUGUACAUCUAUUCAAGCCUUACAAUGUAUUCGAAAAGCGGAGAAAAUGAUUUCACAAUAUAAAGUAGAGGCAGAACGUAUUGAGCAAACACGUGCAACACUUUCAAAGAAUAGUAGAGGAGCUUGGAAACGUGGAAAGUUAUUGGGAAAAGGUUCAUUUGGGGCUGUUUAUGAAGCUACAGAGGUAUUAACAGGAGGAAAGAUGGCGGUAAAGGAGAUGUGGUUAGGUAAACGAAAUACACAAAUUGAACAAUUUGUAAAUGAAAUAUCUACCAUGUGUAAUUUACAACAUCCUAAUAUUAUCCAUUAUUUCUAUUGUGAAGAAAAUAAACAAGAAAAUGUGAUUCGUGUAUUUAUGGAAUAUGCCUCUGGGGGAACAUUACAACAACUUCUUCAAAAGAAAGGUAAAUUAGGAUUUAAAGAGUAUCAAUCCUUAUUACGUGAUAUUGUAGAAGGAGUAGCAUAUAUUCAUUCCAUGCGUUAUGUACAUGGAGAUUUAAAAACGGCUAAUGUAUUAUUAAGUGCAGAGGGAACUGGAAAGAUUGGUGAUUUUGGAACUGCCCGUACAGUGGCAGAUGGUGAACUUUUAUAUCAAAUGCAAGGAAGUAUUCUUUACAUGUCUCCUGAAUGUAUGGGCGCCAGUGAUGUGGAUGAGAAUGGAGUUACGAUUGGGUAUAGUUUCCCUAGUGAUAUUUGGUCUGUGGGUUGUAUUGCGCUUGAGAUGGCUACAAAUCGUCCACCCUUUUCUCAUCUACAGAAUGUAAAAGGGGCAAUGGGGUUAACUCGAUAUAUUACUUCUUUACAUGAUACGCCUGAUCUCUCUCCUUUAUUUGAUGGACCACCAGGAAUUAUUGAAUUUGUCUCACUUUGUUUAAAUCCAGAUCCCUCACGACGACCAACGGCGGCGGAAUUAUUACAUUUAAGUCUUUUUAAUGAAGAUACGGAUGAGGAUACGAAAUCGGCUCUGCGUGUACUGCGACGAUUACAAUUAUUACAUGAAUUAAAUAAUUUUGUAGCUUUUCAAGAACCAGAAGAGGCGGAACGACGGAAAUCAUACGCACGACGACGAUUAUUACAUCAACGAGAAUCGGAAUUCUUUGCCUCUUCCGGUGAUGAGGGUGAAGGAGAAAAAGAUGAAGAUGAUGAUAAUGAUAAUAAAGAGAAAGAACAGACAGAGCAAGGUAAAGGGGAAGAGGAAGAAGAAGAUCAUAAUAACAAUAAUAAUAAUGAGAAUGGUGAGAACAAUGAGAGUAAUGGAUCCACAUGUAAACCAGAUAAUGAAAUAAAUGAUAAACUAAAAAAUGUAAAGAAGGAAGAGAUGUGUUUAGCGGAUAGUAUGGAUGGUCCAUCCCCACGGCAACGUUCACGUACAAAAUCGAGAAGUCAAACACAAAGUUAUGCCCGUGUAGAUGAGGAAGAUGCCUUUUUUGCCUCCUCCUCAUCUGCAGAAUCCUCCUUAUUACACUCGGAUAAUGGUCAAACCACCUUAACUCCAUCCACAGCAGUGACAAAGAAAUUAGAAGUCACUUCCACACCAAAAGAUGAAAAGAUUCAAAGUAUAUUAACACCAAUGGAUAAUUAUAUUGAUCCCAGUGUACGUGAUCCCUUUUCCAUGACACCAGCGACAUAUGCAUUAAUGAAUCGUUCUGUGGCUUUUAUGGGUGCUAGUAUUGACUUUCGGAAUAGAUUAUCUAGUUUUGAAUCGGAAUUACUAAAGAGUGUGGAACAGCAAGAACUUGAGCAACGGGGAGAACAGGAAAAAGAAAAAGAAGAAGAACAAAAGGAAAAGAAAAAAGAAAAGAAAGAAAAACAUUUACACUGGCAGCGAUGUAGUAUAUCUCCUCGACGUGGUGUUUAUACUCCAGCGGGAGACUCCACCGCCGCAUCGGAGACCUCACGUUCUUCUCCCUUCUUGAAAACUGGAAGAUCUCGUCAUCCUAAACGUGGGAUGAAAAAUAUGUUUUCUGUGGAAGAACAUAAAGCCGCACCACGUGAACAGAGUCCAGAUAUUUUAUCUCCGCAUAUAAAUGUUAGACGACGUCUGGCACAUCAUCACUCUAAUAAAGAUAAUAGUCGUAGUCGUAGUUAUAAUAGUAGUAGUGGGACGAGUAGUAGAAGUGUGAGCGGCUCUCGUACGACCACUACUACUACUACUACUACCACAAGUAAUGGUAGAAAGACCAAACCUCAUUCCAAUCAACCUAGUCAUCCUUAUUAUUCCCACAAUAAUAAUGAUAAUGAUAGUAUUGCUAGUGGCCAAAAUAAUUCCCGUAGUAGUUAUCUUUCUCAACAUCGUCGUCAUUAUACAAUUACGACGACUCCUCUUCCUUCUCCUUCUCGUCGUCGCUUUGGUGUGGCGCCGCAGCCACUCACCUCCUCAUCCCCAUCACGUGCGGUGGGUGAAGAGUCCACACUGCGGCCCUCCUCUAAUGGAUCUGUAGAUGUAAACCCCACACCAGAUGUGCAGAACCCAAGAGAGAAAGAAAAAGAGAAGGGAAUAGCUUCAACAACAGCAACAGUGUUGUCGAAUUCCACAUCGCCUAGUACAGAGUUGGAUGCCAUGAAUAAUACAGUGGCGAAAUUAUUGGAAUUGCUUAGUGAUGCUACAACGAUAAGUUCCGCGGAUAUCUCCACAAAUACACGAGGAUACGAUCAACAAGAAAAAGAAAAACAAUCUAAAGAUAAUGGGACAAAUGUUGAUGAUGACUUGAUAUUAGCACGAGAUCUCGUCCUACGUCUUGAGAAGCGUAUUGAAGGUUUAAAAGCACAUUUUUCUGUUUCAUAA